UUUAGAGAGUGCAGUCAGUUCUUUCUCCUCAGUUUGUCCUCUCUUUUGUCGAACCUACUUCUCCGAAAAGCUGCAACAGUCGAGAAACAACUCAAACUUCUGGAUCCAAACUCUCCGAUUUUCGACUGGAUUUCCUGCAGACUCAGUUCAGACCUAAGUUUUUUGGCACCAUGUGAACUCUACAGACGCAGGACACACAGCUGCAGGAGCAGCAAACCUCCUUUUACUGUGGAGUAAGAGGAAGUGCUGCCCCACAGCGCCCCGCAGUGGCAGCAUCAUGUAACACACUCACAUACAGCUCAUGACAAACUGGCUGCUAGACACUGCUGCUGAAAGGAGAUCAAGACAAAAUGAGUCAUUACACUGUAGAGAUGAGCUGUCACAGAUUGCAGUGAUUUCAUGAUUUUCUUCUGUUGUCAGCUGAGAACUUUUCAUUUAUCAAUUAAGACAAAGUUAGUUUACAGGAACAAUGUCAUGACCUUGUUUCUAUAAACUGUUAGACACAGACUCACACUGUGAAUACAUGUAGGCAGAGGGAGGAAGGAAGUGGGUUUAAUUGCUGCGACUAUGACAGUCUGAACUUAAAGCCCCCAAUGGCACAAUGAGAACAACAUGUCUUCAGUGGCUGCUCUCGCUGACCGUGCUGCUGUGCUGCAGAGCCAACAAAGCUCGUCUGACUGUGAGUCCCAGCAGAUCUCAGAUGUUUGAAGGAGAGUUUGUCUCUCUGAGCUGUGAGGAGGACGACAGCUCUGCUGGAUGGAGGCUGAGGAGGAACACAACCAGACAACAGAUGACUGAGUGUGGAGCUGAGUGGGGAAGAUCAUCUGGUUCUUCCUGUAACAUCAGUUACAUUGUCCCAUUGGACAGUGGAGUUUACUGGUGUGAGUCCAGAGAGGGAGCAACCAGUAACAUCAUCAGCAUCACUGUCACUGGUGGAUCAGUGAUCCUGCAGAGUCCUGUCCUCCCUGUGAUGGAGGGACAUGAUGUCACUCUGCACUGUAAAACAAAGACCACUCCCUCCAACCUCCCAGCUGCUUUCUAUAAAGAUGGCUCCCUCAUCAGGACUGAGCCUACAGGUCACAUGACCAUCCACCAUGUUACCAAGUCUGAUGAAGGCCUCUACAAGUGUAACAUCAGCAGUGAUGGAGAGUCUCCACCCAGCUGGAUCACUGUCACAGGAAAGCCCACCAACACCACCACUACUCCUCUUCCUUCAUCCUCCUGUAGUCCUGGUACCUCCUUAUCUCCAAUUGAAUCACCUCCCCUCGCAGUGUUGUGGUCUGUUCUUCCUGUCUGUGGUCUGAUCGCACUGGUUCCUCUGGUUCUGCUUGUGAGACAAUGCUUCUCUAGGAAAUCUAAAGGUCCAGGUCCCGACCAGGAGGUAGAAGAAGGACACCAUGACACCACAUUCAGCCAUGUCAGCACAAUAUAUCAGCUCCAUGCCCCGAGCAGACCACACACAGAGAGUGAUCCAGCUGCAGUUUAUGCAUCAGUGCGAAGAACUACAGACGUCACUUAUGGACGAGUUGCCAUCAGAACAAACAACAGGAGAGAGCUUCCACCAGACCCCGAAGUCGUCUACUCUUCAGUGAGGCCGACCUCCACACUUUCAGACCAGUCCAACCACUGACGUCCUGCUGCUGGUUCACUGCAGAGCCGCUCACACCUCCUUAUUUAUUUCAUCACACUCUACGACUCCUGCAG